GAAAGAAAUUGAGGAAAAUCGACGCUGGAACAUUGCACCUUCGAGGAAGCAUCUCCCGACAACCGACAAUCUCGACAGCAAACCGCCACAAUGAGAACGUACGACGAUACCUUCUCCGGCCAGAGGAUCUACCCUGGAAAGGGUAAGCUGUACGUCCGUGGCGACAGCAAGAUCUUCCGUUUCCAGAACGGCAAGUCCGAGUCGCUUUUCCUCCAGCGCAAGAACCCCCGCCGCAUCGCCUGGACUGUCCUCUACCGCCGCCAGCACAAGAAGGGUAUCUCUGAGGAGGUUGCCAAGAAGCGCUCCCGCCGUACCGUCAAGGCCCAGCGUGCCAUCGUUGGUGCUUCCCUCGAUGUGAUCAAGGAGCGCCGCUCCAUGCGCCCCGAGGCCCGCUCCGCCGCCCGUCUCGCCGCCAUCAAGGAGUCUAAGGCCAAGAAGCAGGAGACUCAGGCCGCCAAGAAGGCUGAGAAGGCCAAGAACGCCGCCAACCCCAAGGCCCGUGUCACCUCCAAGCAGGGUGCCAAGGGUGCGCCCGUCAAGGUCGCUGCCAAGUCCCGUUAAAUGCGGUCUUGUCGGUCGGGGGACACGAUGAUGUGAAAGGGAGAAUGGAAUGUCUUUACGGUCCUGCGUGGCAAGCUGGAAGGGAUACGCGGAGUCGGUCUGGUCGGUUCUCGGUUCUUUUUUUUGCCUGCACUCAGCUGGAGGGUUUUCGUCUCGUUUAACGAAAACAAUACAACAGCUUGGUUUCUGGAAGGGCCGGUUGCAUGGAUCCCUGCGUCCAACGGAUAUGACAUCAAACGCUUUGCAUGGGUAGCUUAACAGAAUGCCGACUUAUGCAUUGGUCAAGAACGAACAAAACACAUAUCCCACCUCCCUGUGAUACUAGGGAGGCGAGAGACAGUUUCGGGGCCGUUGGGACGAAGGAACGGGGAUCUGGCAAUCAUAAUAUAACGCUGCACGGCGAAAGGUUCAGCGG